GUUUAGAAGUUUUGCUUCCCUAUUGAUGGUGCGACAUACAUAGUACACAAAUAAAAAGCCGCGUCUAAAUAAAUCUGCCAGGAUGCCAAUUCCAAUUACAUACAUGUCUGGCAACACUGUGGGGCCUGUCUGGGAGGGACUGUCAAAGUGACGUUUUUAUGGUCAUGUCUGCGAUAAUGCCCGAAACGCCGCUAUCCUCAAGAUGCGGCUUUGUACGUGGUCGCAAGCGCAUUAAGCCGCAUCCCGUCUCGGAGCUAAGGAAGGCAACCGACCUUGAGAUGCCCAGCACAGACGAGGAGAAUGAAGAGCCUAGUAGCUUGCUAUACUUCGAGGAAUCGCCGAUUGUACCACUGGCCUGUAUUAGUGAAAGCCACUCUUUCCAAGAAAGAAAGCCUGUCAAACGUUAUCCAUUGCGUAAAAAGUCCUGACUGCAAUCAAUUUUUUUUUUUUUUUAUUGAAAUGUUUACAAUAUUUGUGACAGGAACAGCAGCGGGAAAGCUUAAACGUAAAUUAAACUAACUAAACAACUUUUGAGAUAAUAUAUAUAAAGGUAUACAUAGACAUAAAUAGACAAUGCAAUUUUCGAGCUUAUACAUCAUCAAAAAGACCCCGUGGUGGUGGUCCAACAAUGCGAUGUUCGUUCUCCUCGUCGUAUGCAUCUUCCUGCUCAAUAGCGCCACGGAAACCGACCUGCAUUUGGGUGCUGACACCGAAACGAUCAUUGAUUUCUUCCGACAGCGAGCGUGGUACAUUCAGCGCCGAGGAGGAUGCUACCGCAGCGUAGUCAUAACUUACGUCACCAUCUCGUAGCAAACCAUCAGCUGGCGUACGACUGCUGGUCAAUGGACCAGCAAUGCCCCCACUACUUAAGCCGGCAGCGCCACGAUAUUUGCCAAUAUAAUCAUGGCUAGACAGUGUGUCAGGUCUCGAAAAGUCACGCCGUCUGGCAAUUGCCUCCUCGGCCCGCUGUCGGCGUCGCUUCUCGCGAGCUAUUAAGUCCUUGCCCUCUUGCACUAGCUCCGUGGCGAUAGUUUCAUGCUGCAAGAACUGCUGAAAGCCUAAUGCGUUGAGCGCACGACUGCCCAAGCUGAACCAGGUGAAGAGGCAAAAUGCUAACAUACACAUGGGAAAAUAAAUGUUGAAGCCAUUCGAAAUUAUACCAAUGA